ACAGUUCUCUCUACUYCUGGCUUUGCUUUAAUUUUAAUUCAAAACACACAAAUGUGCGACUCACGGUUUUCCCAGCUGUUUACCGAUGAAGAGAGGAAUGCACUGGCUAAAAAUGAAGGCAGUCAGCGGCCGCAAAAUGUUUCUGUGUUAUCAUCUAUUAAAGUGAGAUUUUCUCCACAGAUGAAGCACUGUUCGCGCGGUACAGUUGUACCGGCAGAGUCUUCAGCAUUGAGAUUAAGGCGAAGUAUCUCGAAUACUGUAGAACGAAAACCCACAGAAAAUAUCGGGCUUCAUCAGGCAUGUAAAGAUGAUAUGAUCGAUGUCGUUCAAGAGUUAUUGGUCAAUGGGUCAUGUGACAUCAAUGAACUUGACGCAGCUGGUUUUGCACCUCUUCACUUUGCUGCUAAAUACGACUAUGAUGACAUAGCAAAAUUACUGCUCAACCAUGGUGCAGACCCAGAUAUCCACAAUGCCUGCUUACGAACCUCAACACCCCUCCAGCUCGCCUGUUGGUUCGACUCGUCAGAAACUGUGCAUGUUCUUAUUGAUAAUGACGCUGAUGUGUCCGCUGGCGCAAGGUAUGGUCAACUGGCUAUCCACUGCGCGGCUGCAAGGAGUGGAACGACUAUUUUAGAGGAAUUACUUUUAAAAGGAAAGGCAAACCCUAAUAAUAAGGACAAUUCAGGAUUCACUCCCCUUCACAUUGCAGCAAAUACGGGUCGGGUCGAAAUUGUAAACGUCUUGUUGAGAUACGGUGCCAACAUCAUGCUUCARGACAAUGAUGGCAAUACGCCUGCRCAUAUCGCAGCACGUGAAGGUCACGUGACUACCUUGACGGCAUUGCUGCAAGCAGCCAAUUCAUCAGGAGUGUCAAUGAGGUACAUUCUCGACAGUACAGGAACUGGGUCUUGUCUUCAGCUGGCUGUUAAAAGAUCGCAUGUACAGGCAGCCGCAGUUUGUCUUCAAUAUGGAGCAAGYACAUACAGUAACCAGCACGACACCAGUCCCCCUCUGCACACAGCAUGUAUUCAUGGUAACAUAGAGCUCGUUAAACUCUUGGUAGUGAGUGGUGCGUCAAUUCAGGCGGACGACAUUGAAGGGAUGACACCUAUUUUAAGAGCUGCCCUGGCAGGUCACGUGGACGUGGUCAACUACUUAAUCGAUCAGGGAGCAAGCUUAGAGGCAGCAGGUCCACUAGAGCCUAGUCCACUCAUGUGCGCGGUCAAAAGAGGACAUGCUGCCGUCAUAAGGCUGUUAUUGACACGUGGUUCAUCGAUUGACGUCAGAGAUUCAAGCAACAGGACGUGUUUACAUGUUGCUGUUUACAGUGAGAAUGAGGAAACGCUGGACGUGUUGCUUAAGCAUGGCUGUAAGACUUUGGUUAACAAUCAAGAUAAAUCCGAGUUCACUCCUUUACAUUUUGCUGCCAUCAAUCAAAAUCUUAAGAUGAUCCUUAGACUACUGGAGUUUGGAGCAGACACGACUAUCUGYGACGAAGAAGAAAAGCUUCCUUUGCACCACGCUGCAGAGGCAGGAGACCUUMAAUGUGUAAAGGCACUGGUAGAAGCAAAUAGACAGUCAAUUCACGCCACAGAUUACAGACUUCGCACGCCUCUAUAUUACGCUGCUCUAGAAAACAAAAACGACGUCGUCAAGUUUCUAAUUCAAAAUGGAGCUCGAGUAAACUCAAGGGAUGACGAUCGCUUAACUCCUCUUCUUGCUAUCGCUCCUGGGGGAUGUCAUAAAGCAGCUAUCAUGUUACUAGACCACGGUGCUAAAAUAGAUGACCUUAGCAAGAACAGAGCCACUGCUUUGAACGUUGCGUGUGCCCAUGGUAACGUAGCAGUCGUUAAAGUCCUGCUUGAUAGAGGAGCUGCUGUCGACAUUAAGUCAGCUUUCGGUCGAGGCUGCUUGGGCGCCGCUAUCUAUGGUGGAAAAGCACAAUCUUGUAUGGAGAUAAUAAAACAUAAAAGAUGGAAAGAAGCUCUUAACGUUAAAGAUUCAAAAGGAUUUUCUUCGAUGAAGGGUUUGAUUGAGAACUUCCCUGAAGUAGCCAAGUUAGUCAUGGAUAAAUGCGUUGUAACAUCGAGUAAUGUGACAACAACAGAUCCUGACUAUUCGAUUACCUACAAUUUUGAAUUCCUGGACGUUCACCCGUMUGAAAGRAAUGGUAAACGUGGUGCACAUUUCUACUUUGGACCACAGACCAUGAUGGAAAGUGGGGCAUCGAGAGAGCUUCUUUUCCAUCCACUGACUACAGAAUUAUUGAACUUGAAAUGGAAUUCUAUAGCCAAGUACUUGACAGCGAGUGGACUGUUUAUGUUUGCUUUGUUUGUGGCCAAUUUUACUUUAUUCAUGUUGUGUUUUGGACAACAAGACUACAAAAAAGGAAAAAAGCUCUUUAAAGACGAAUAUUUCCUUUGUACRCCCCAAAAUCUGUCAUGGCAAUCUUAUGGGGUAGCUGCCUUCACUGGUAUGUGGCUUUUUUCACACGUUUAUCGCUUCUUUAAAGAGAGGGGGAUGUACUUCGACAGGUAUGUUGCUAUGGAGGUUUCUACCCUUGUUGCUUGUUUGAUGUCAUCCUUCCUUGGCGAAUGGAUUACGGAUAAACGAAAUCAAUUUGGYUGGGGUAUUUUGGCUCUUCUUCUUUGCUACUUUUCGGUUCUAUUYUACAUUCAAACGAUAUUUCAUUCUGGGAUCUAUGUAACUAUGUUAUUUGGAGUCUUGAAAACUCUUGUCAAGGCUAUGAUCACUUUUGUUAUYCUUCUGUUCGUGUUUGCUAUCCUGUUUCAUUUGCUUCUUAAUUCUCCUUUUUAUGAGGGAAAAAAGAUUUUCGUCGGAGAGGGUGUUUAUAACCAAACUAAAGUUGAAAUUCCACAUCCGUUUGGAAACAUCUUUCUGUCAUUUGUAAAAGUUAUAGCAAUGAUGAUUGGUGAGCUGGAAUUUACCAGGUUUUUUGUMGAGCAGAAAUACGAUUACAACAUUGAACCUUUAGCUAUCUUUGUCUUCUUGGCUUUUUGUGCUUUCUUACCGAUUGUCCUAAUGAAUUUAUUAAUUGGACUAGCAGUCGGUGAUAUCGAUAGCGUACAAAAGAACGCUGAAAUUAAGCUACAAGCCAUUAAGAUUGAGGAAAUCUAUUCGUUGGAGCAAAAGAUACCAGUAGCUAUUCUUCGAUAUUUCUACAAACCAUACAUAGUWAAGUACCCGAACAGGAAAUCAAAAGGAAUUGUUCAGACCUUGAAGGCUGUAGGGAAUCAAAUAGUUGGGAAUACUGAGGAUUACGAUGACAUACUUGAGGAUCAAGAGCGGGAAGAUAUGGAGACAAUGGAAGGUGCCAUGAGUAGUCUCACCAAGAGAAUGAACCAGCAAAACAACAGGAUAGAUGAACUUCUCGAUGACGUUCAACAACAGCGUUUAACACUGGACAAACUAUCAAACCUUAUGAUACAAAGAAAAGAACGCGCCGAAAAAUAAUGGUCGUAGAAAUCUAAAAAAUGAACAAAAAAUCACUAAUAUGAAUUGCUUAAAAAAACAAACGCAAGUCACUUAAACUGAACCAAUCUCUUUGUGUUUUGAUCGUGUGACUGGUAUCUUUAUUAAUACGAAAUUGGUACAGUAUUUGCUGCACUCUUAUUCAAUUUGAUUUGGUUGCAACUGAAUAGUGCAAAUCCAAUGCCGCAGCCGUAUAACUCUUGGAGAAAAUCUAACAUUACAGACUCGAUGUGCUUUCAUAGAAUAGACCUGAUAGACGGGUUUUAUACGAUUAACAAGUGUACAUCUUUAUACAUGGUAUAAUUUAUGAAGUACAUCUAGCUAAUAAAACGAACAACUAUCA